UUUAAGUGACAGUUCAAAUAUGGCACACAAAUUAGUAUCCUGCAGUGCCUGUGUGCUGGUGGCGCUGUUCGUGCUGAGUGCAGUGAAUGUAUCAAGACAGGCGUCACUCUCGCUACGGGUUUUAUCACGUGGUGAGCGAUCAGUUUUCAACCAAACGCACAGCAAGACGUGCGAAGGCAAUACACCGUGCGGUUGGGCCGUUUACGUCCCAUCGACAAGAGCGAUCGAUAACUUCAUGCAAAAUACAUGCGAUUGUGACAAGCUGAAGCAGUGCGUCCGAACGGAUGACGAUGUCUCGAUCAGCGCGUACGUCUACCGUUGCAGAGAGCAUCCUUCCAAGGCGAAGUCCGUGCCCGUGUCCUGAUCAGCUCACCCGG